UGUAUUAACUGUCACUCACGAAAAUUUACCCGACUCAUCAUAACUGUAGCUGUUUUGCUGAUUGAAGAACAUUCUUAAGCUGUUGUUCACAGCGAGUAGAUCGUCUCCCUUUUAUCGUCCUUCUCUAAGAAUCCAGAAUCCUUACAGGAGCAGAGUUCACGGUAGCCACUCGGAAUCAACGCUCUCUGACCGACGAGAUGCUAAUUAAAUCAGUAAUUUCCAUCAUUUUUCUGGCCGUCCUAGCCGAGGCGGACAUAGUUAGGGUUCAGCUGCAUAAAACAGAAAGUGCGCGUCAGCAUUUUCGGGAUGUAGGCACCGAGAUCAAACAAUUGCGCCUCAAGUACAAUGCCGUCUCCGGGCCGGUCCCCGAGCCACUGUCGAACUAUUUGGAUGCCCAGUACUACGGAGCUAUCACCAUUGGAACGCCACCGCAAAGCUUCAAAGUAGUAUUCGAUACGGGCUCUUCCAACCUAUGGGUGCCCUCAAAGGAGUGCUCAUUCACCAAUAUUGCAUGCUUGAUGCAUAAUAAAUACAAUGCCAAGAAGUCUUCGACAUUCGAGAAGAACGGCACGGCUUUCCACAUUCAAUAUGGCACAGGAAGCUUAACUGGUUACCUAUCGACUGAUACGGUUGGAUUGGGCGGGGUUUCCAUCGUCAAGCAAACCUUUGCUGAAGCUAUCAACGAGCCGGGAUUGGUUUUUGUUGCUGCUAAGUUCGACGGAAUUCUGGGAUUGGCCUACAGCUCGAUUUCCGUAGAUGGCGUCGUUCCAGUAUUCUACAAUAUGUUUAACCAGGGACUUGUCGAUGCUCCAGUGUUCUCCUUCUACCUGAAUCGGGAUCCGAGCGCUGCUGAAGGUGGUGAAAUCAUUUUCGGUGGAUCGGACUCAAAUAAGUACACCGGAGACUUCACCUAUCUGCCUGUGGACCGAAAAGCCUAUUGGCAGUUCAAGAUGGAUUCCGUUAAGGUUGGCGAUAAUGAGUACUGCAACAAUGGGUGCGAAGCUAUCGCCGAUACCGGCACUAGCUUGAUUGCCGGUCCGGUGUCAGAGGUUACCGCUAUCAACAAGGCUAUCGGCGGUACUCCUAUUCUGAACGGAGAAUACAUGGUCGAUUGCUCGCUGAUUCCAAAGCUGCCAAAGAUUACGUUCGUGUUGGGAGGAAAGUCAUUCGAGCUGGAAGGGGCUGAUUACAUUUUGCGUGUAGCUCAGAUGGGUAAGACCAUUUGCCUGUCCGGAUUUAUGGGUAUCGACAUUCCGCCGCCGAAUGGACCAUUGUGGAUUUUGGGAGACGUUUUCAUCGGAAAGUACUACACCGAGUUCGACAUGGGCAAUGAUCGUGUUGGAUUUGCCACAGCCAUCUAAAUUAGAAAGCAGAAACAAUGUUGGUAGAAUGCCAAAAUAGAUGCUAAAUAUGGUUAGUUUCCAUUACAAAGAUUCAACUUGUGAAAGUGUGUGUUGAUUGAAUAAAAAAUGAAUUUCGAAAUA